CUUCACUGAGAUUAAAUAAGAAACCGGAUCCAUGAAUGCGGCGGUGCGUUAGUUCAUGUGGCUGGGCAUUCAGGCAUUUCAAUGUUCUCACCAGAAAAAUACCUAGGUACCUGGGUACAUUUGUGAGUAUGUGCAUAAAUGGAUACGUACCCAGUUAUGUACAUUUAUGUACAUAUGUACCUAAUACGAUAGAGGCUAAACAGGGGUAGCUCAGUGGAAUAACAUAGCAGCAUAGCUGGCCACUUGACGAAAAUCGUCCCCAGAUUUUUUUCCGCACGGCUGAGGAGAGGCCAACUAUCAUCGUAUAAUUAUACAUCGUCCGCUUCUCACACGAUCAAUUUUCAUUUUUUCAUAGGGCCUUUUGCGCCAUACCAGGUCGACACCAGCUUCUCUUAUUAUUUUGUUUCUUCUUCGCUUCUACUUGCAUUUUAUCGCCGUAUCCUUUUUUCCCUUCCAUCGACUCGUCCCUCUCCUAUUCUCGUUCUCCGAUAAUUGUAUCCGGUCAUGUGGUUCACAGCGCUGUCAGCCCUAUGGCUGGCGGCCACAGCUUGGGGUGCCGUGAAUAGGGACGAAGAUGGAAAUGUUAGGACUAUUUCCCUUCGAACCCACACGCUAAAGCAGCCCUACCUAGACUCCGACAUGCAAAGUCGGUGGUACGAUUUUGGAGGCGACACAAUAGUUCGAACGGAUUCGUAUAUACGUCUGAGUUCGGAUCGCCCAUCGCAAAAUGGAUGGUUAUUUUCUCGAGUACCUAUGACUGCUACGAAUUGGGAAAUCACCGUCGAGUUUAAAGUCCAUGGAAAAAAUCAGCUAUACGGUGAUGGUUUCGCGAUGUGGCUCACGAAAGAGCGAGGUCAAACCGGUCCGGUUUUCGGACAUGCAGACAACUUCGAGGGCCUUGGCAUUUUCAUCGACACUUACAAGAACAACCGACCCGGUACCGUUUUCCCGUACGUUAUGGCGAUGGUUGGUGACGGCAAGACAUCAUACAACAAGGAUAACGACGGAAAAGAUACCGAAUUUGCUGGCUGCUCCGCUCGAGGCAUCCGAAACGCGAACAUCCCCACGAAACUAAAGCUCACCUAUUUUCAGGAUAAAUCUCUGAAGUUGGAACUCCAGUAUAAGAGCGAAGAUGAAUGGCAGUUGUGCUUCGAGACGAGCGAGCCACCAGCGAUCCCCUCGGUAACGUACCUUGGAUUUAGCGCCGAAACAGGCGAGCUGAGUGACAACCACGAUAUUAUUUCUAUCGACGCCAAGAAUCUUUACGUGACGGGAGGCUCGUCCAGCAAACCCACCCCCGGUAGGGGAGGUAUUAAGUCGCCUCAACAGCAGACAGGUGGUAGCUGGACUUGGUUCUUCUUCAAGAUCAUCUUCUUCGGACUGGUGGUUGGCGGAGCAUACGUAGGAUACACGGCAUAUCGGGCAAAUCAGAAGAGAAGUCAUCGAUUUUAAGGGAUUCGCAAAAGUACGUGAAUUAGGAGUAGGGCGAUAUAUGCCGAAAAUGGCAGAAGUACAUAUCAACAGUAUAUGAAUCUUUCAGGGCCGUGGUCUUUUUUUGUGAGAUUCCAUGGGUUCCUAAUGGCUUACGAGGUUGACAGGCGUCAAUAGGCAGUGUAAAACUAAAUAGCAGAACUAAAUGCAGAAGAAGCUACAAAUCUCAACGUGUUCGAAUCACUCAACCACCUAUAAUUAGCCCAGCAGAAAACAAACUACCUAGGUACUUAGGUAGUUUUUACCUGUACCAAGUUGUAGCGUAUAUGAGAUAGCGUUCGACUUGUUAAUUAGAGGCUUCUAUUAUAGCAAGCCUAGAUCUUUUGGUGGAACUUCGAAGUCUGGCUCAUCAACCCAUAGGAAGACAAUCGCUACCAACCAUCUCCGGCAAUACCUUCGGCAGGUAAUUGAUGUAUGGAGUGAAUCGAAUAAUAGUAUUCGUAGGGUUGCAAAAUGUGUCGUGUCAUUGUAUGGGCUCGUAAAGGUGGCAUCGGGGGAUUGUGUCAAGAAGCUCAAAUUAGUCCAAUGCACGAGUCAAACAGCUUAAGAUUAUUGCGUAGGAAGCUAGCCGCACACAUAGUACGCGCGACAUAAAGCUCAAACGUAAACUGUUAAAGAUUGAUGAUUAUUUGGUGUU